AGCAGAAUUGCCCAUAAAAAUAUUAUUCAUAGGAAUGGAAAUUGUGUUCAUUUUCAUUUAUUAUGUAAUUACUUGAUUAAUUGAUUUAUUUAUUAUUUUUUUGUGACAGGCUUAGCCACAGUAUUUGUUCUAGGAGUUUUUUUAGAGCCUAAUGUUUUGUUUUGUUUUAUCUUAAUCCGUGUAUGGUUCGUUCUUUGGUUAUAAGCCAUACACGGAUUUAUCUUGUUAAGGUAGACAUAACAAAAACAAUGAAUUAUUACUGAGAAUAAAUGAAAAACACUAUGAAUGUGGGAGAGAUUUAAUCUAAGCAGAGCUUUGUUGAACUUGAACUUUUAAAUUAUAUAUUAUUAAGAUACAGGAUCUCUGGGGUUAAAUGGACCUAAAACAAAUUCAAUAAUGUAAGAUCUCAAUCAAAAUAAUACCAGUUAUUUCAUAAAUUACCUUUCAGGAGUUGAAUAACUUUAACGAGCAGAACAAGUAUGAUGGUAACAAGCAAAACAUUCAGAACUCUGAGAGUCACAGUGAUUAACGUUGUGUUAUCAGCAGCACUUUCUGCAACAGAACAAACAACAUGGCUUCCAGGAAUUUACAGGAAUGGUGGUUUGAAAAUAAUCCUUACUUUGAACUUCUGUGUCAUCAUAAAAUGUCUCCGUCCCUUUAAAUAAAAUUCAGGAAAAGGGUGGGUGGAGAUGUGAGUGAGCUUUGGGUGCUGAGCAGUGGAUCAUGUAUUCAGGGGGAGGAGUUUCUACUGCCAAAGACUAUAGACAUGAUAAAGAGCAGACGCCUUAUUGACCACUUAUGCCUAUUGUGACAGUUGUAGUGUGAGUACUGUACCACCAAACCUCCUUUAGCUUAUAUCCUGUUAGGGUUGUGGUUGGAUCUAAAAAUGUUCAUCACAGACACGUCACACCGUCUUAAUCACGCCGAUGUUCACAGUCUGUCUUCUUCCCUGACUGAGUGAAGUCAGAGAUCAGCAGCAGAUCAAAUCAUGCAGCAGGUAGUUUGGAUCAGUGUGGUUCUGCUGAAUGUCGUCUGGAUCUCCUUUUUCUUAACUCCAGAUCUGGACUUCUCAGUGUUUGUGCAGAGGAGAAGCAUCAGCAGCUCUGAUGAGACGUUCAUGAUGGAGUUCUGCCUUCAGCCAGACUCUGACAGGAAGUGGACAUCAACUGGACCUUCAGCCAGCGGUCCAGAUGGAGACAUAAACACCAUCACAGAACGUCCUGUAAAUGGGAAAGGAAUGACCACUGAAGCUGCUCCUGCUGCAAAAAUAACAGUUCCUAAAAAUCAGGAAAUCAACAUCACCCAACCCGUUGAGCAGGAAGUCAACCGUAGCCCUUUCAGAUCUGGGCAGGGCUAUGGAGGAGCAAGAGGUGCAAAUUCAAGUGGUCCCAAAGAAUGCUGCUUUAAAUUCUUCAGAAACAUCGUAAACAAAAAUCUCAUCUUUUCAUAUUACAUGACUGAUUCCCGCUGCGCUAGACGUGCAGUUAUUUUAAUAACAAAAAAAGGACGCCACAUCUGUGUGGAUCCAAACCAACUCUGGGUGAAGAAGAUUAUUGACUUUCUGGAUAGAAAGCCCUUUUUACUUCAACCUACUUAA